UCUCUUCCUGUGCCCUCAACAUUGUGAUAAACUAGUGUGAAUACCAGUUUUACUGUUGCUCGAUUUUAUUGGACGGAAGUACACGGGUCAAAAUGAACGACUUACCGGAGGCGUUGAAUUUUACUGGACGCUCAAUUAGUGCCAUAAACACUAUAACGCCUAUCUCUAAUCAUAUCAUGUCGUCUGCUGAUUUGGUGCCGUCGGAUGUGCAUCAUCAGAAAAUCAAAAGCGAACCAGAAAAUGGUUACACACUUCCUCCACUGAGCACAGCAUUAUCGAUACACGCACAUGCCAUAGUCCCGGUGUCCGGUACGUAUACACCUUCGACUUCUCAAUCGAAUGAAGUCUCGGAAGAGCCGAGGGCGAGCAGCAGUUCCAGCCAAUCGCCUCAACCAUCCUCAUCGAAUAAUCAAACGAAACCGCCGUAUUCUUACGUCGCUCUGAUAGCCAUGGCCAUACAAUCAUCGCACAUGAAGCGAGCCACCUUAUCGGAAAUAUAUUCCUACAUAACAUCAAAGUUUCCGUACUUCGAACGGAACAAGAAGGGGUGGCAGAACUCGAUCAGGCACAAUCUGAGUCUGAACGAAUGCUUCGUGAAGGUGCCCAGGGAAGGCGGUGGUGAAAGGAAGGGCAAUUACUGGACCUUAGAUCCGCAGUACGACGAUAUGUUCGAGAAUGGUAACUACAGGAGGAGGAGACGCAUGAAGAGGCCGUACAGGAACACUCAGCCCUAUCCGAAAGCCUUCUUCGGGGAUGCCCUGACCCAACACGGUCUACCUCUGACCAGAAACAUCUUCUCAACAUCCAGCUAUCCGGCAAGUUACUCGAGAUACGACACCGGCUCUUGGUUACACACCAAUUCAUCGUUAGCUUACACCUCAAGUUGUGCAUCACCGGCCGGUUAUCCGCAGCAAGCCUAUCCGCCUCCGACGCCCUUCAGCCCUUGCGGAAUGCGCCAAGAACCGAGCCGAUAUCCGGCUUACUGGCCUCCAGAGAGUGAGUACUCCGUCCCGCUAAGUUCGCCACAGGCUGACUCCCAGCUCCUGUUGCAGUGGUGACCCCUACAUUUGAGUCCGAAGCACCACCGAGGUCAUACUCCUAGAUAAAACAAAAAGAAGAAAAAACAAAAAAUCUGUACAAUGUGUUCAACGAAUGGAGACUGCGAGCUCGGUGUCGUUUGUUUUUAACGAAAAAGAAGGUCUAAACGGCAUUCAGCAUGCAACUAUUGUAAAUAUAUAUAUUUGUGAACAUAACUCUAAUCCGGCUGAAGCACACACAGACGAUUUCGCAACGAUAAUGUAUCCUUUCCAAGGUCGCAAAUAUAAAUAACAUUUCGAAAA